AUGGAGACUUAUAAUGCCUUCUACGUGAAUGGUAUCAUAUUAAAUCCUACUGCUAUGGAGGAACCCGGGAGUCAGAAAGGCUUCCUACAGCGACUCGGCUUCCCUCAUGGCGAAAACGAAAAGCCAGAAGCUAUUAAAGGUCCCUUGAGGCUCAAUCUUCUACGAGAUGUCCCUGAACCGCUUGUCGACUUCGUAUUUGUGCAUGGGCUUGGGGGAGGAUCACGGAAAACCUGGUCCUUCUCCCCGGAUCCGAAGCAUUACUGGCCCAAAGAAUGGCUUAAAGACGACCCAGAAUUCCGCCAGGUUCGCAUACACAGCUUCGGAUACGAGGCGGACUGGGCGAGUAUAGGAGAGAAUGUGUUGAACAUUCACGAUUUUGGGCUCUCUCUGCUGAGGGAGAUUGAAGGAAAUCCUAAUAUCCGCAGAAGCAAGACGAAAAUUGUGUUCAUCGCGCAUAGCAUGGGUGGAAUUGUUGUUAAAAAGGCUUAUAUACUUGCCCGAGAAGAUCCCAAACUGAAGGAUUUAGCAGGCCGCAUUCAUACUCUUUACUUCCUUGCUACUCCCCAUCGGGGUUCUGAUCUAGCAAAGUUGCUGAAACGGAUACUGGGGCUGUCAUUUAGCACGAAGAGUUUCGUAAACGCUCUUACUCCUGCGUCUGAGACAAUCGCGUCUAUCAAUCAUAGCUUCGGACAUCUCGCGGGAGAUCUCCACCUAUGGACAUUUUGCGAGACCCUCAAAACUACCAUUGGCCUUAAGCCGGCAAUGGUCGUGCCUAUAUACUCCGCAUCUCUUGGCUAUACGAAUGAAAGGUCCUUGUCGUUGCACGCUAACCAUCGUGAUGUGUGUAAAUUCGAGAAAAAGGACGAUCCUAAUUAUAGAAAACUACGCAACUCGUUCACCGCUACCAUCGACGAGAUCACGUCUGAGACACGCAAAAUCUCAAAAGAUGAACGUCGCCAGAUAGCUGAACUGACGGCCGUAUCGAGCCCACCGGCCGAUGAACUAUAUACCCUGGAAACCUUCCGGGCCCCAGGCGCUUGUGAAUGGUUACCAUCGAAGGAGGCAUAUAAGAACUGGCAAGGGGAAAAUUGUGCCAACUGUCCAAUCCUCCUUCUCACUGGCAAGCCAGGUGUUGGAAAAUCCGUUCUCAGCAGUUUUGUCAUCAACGACCUCGAGGAUAGCAAACAAAGAGUGAGCUACUUUUUCUUUAGGCAAGGAAAUACAGCAAAAUCUACGGUCGUCGCAUGUCUUCGAUCGCUGGUUUAUCAAAUGACCUUGUAUGAUGGUACGAUUUUAAGCGAGUUGCUUGUCAAACAUCAAGAGACGCCAUUUUCAGAAUACUUGGAUGAUACAGCAACAUGGCGGAAGAUUUUCGCUGAAGUGAUAUUUAACCGGAAAACCCCUGAUCUCACUUUUUGGGUGCUCGAUGCUCUUGACGAAUGUGAGAACCCGUCCACCCUUUUCACGCUUUUGGCGCAACUGCCGUCGCAUAUAAGGGUGUUUAUCACAAGCAGACCCACCCUCGAAAUAGAACAAGGCUUCCGCCAGCUUCGCCAUCUCAUGAAGCAACAUGAAAUCACGGAAGAAGAUACCAUUGACGACAUGGCCAUCCUUAUUGAUUCUAAAAUGGAAUAUAUGCUAGCUGUUGACAUUGACAGCCGUGAGGCAUUGAAGAGCAGAUUGCUACAAAAAGCAUGCGGAUCCUUUUUAUGGCUUUCUUUGGUCAUCAAGAAACUGGGCACGGUAUACUCUAAAGAAGGGGCGGAGGAAGCCCUGGACCAGCUGCCGUCAGAGAUGAACAAACUUUAUGCUCAGAUGCUUGAAAGUACUGUAAAAGACACGGGAAAAGCAGCUCUCGCAAGGUCUAUCAUUAUGUGGAUGCUUCUGGCCUUGCGGCCGUUGACGAUCGAUGAGAUGCAGGAAGCAAUUAAGUUGGAUAUUAAUCAUACUGUUCCCAACUUGGGCACAUCUGCUCCUGCUAUCUGUGGUCAGUUGCUUAACGGAUUCCGCUCAAAGAACAACGGAUCUGCCGUGAUGACGGCAACGGUGAACAGCGAAGUGGUCAUCUGGGAAACACAUACUGGAACUGAGAUCGAAAGGUGGCAAUGGACCAACGCCAUUCCUCGUGGCAUUGACUACAAGUCCGCCUCAAUGUACGCUUAUCUUAAGGUGGUCACCUUUUCACGAGAUGGGACCGUGUUUGCAGUGAACUACCACCCAGUUGGUAGAAGUUCACCCGGUGCCAUUGCAUUUAGCACACGUGUAAAUGUGAAUGCUAUGGCUAUGUUGGAUACAAAGGGAAUCCUCUCGCUGCACGCAUUAGAGUCAGCUGAGCCCUAUUACUCCCUUGCAGAUAUUGACGGGCAUGCUCUUGAGUGCUCGCCCGACGGCUCCAAGCUAGUUGUAGGCAAUCCCCAUGAGAUAUGCAUAUAUGGGUUUGGGGCUACCAGAGACAACGGUCUUACACUCCUCUAUCGGGUUAACAACUACCAGGCUUUUAUUCGUCGUAUUGUUUUCAGCCCUGACGGCUCACGUUUUGCCUGUCUUUUUAAAGACCUGUUCGAGGUCUACGAGCCUUCCGUCCUGGCUUACAAUGAGUUGGAUGAGGGUAGCCACAACGACCAGGGUCAAACAACAUCUUUGCAAGAUCAGGGGUUGGAACCUACACUCGGCAAAUCAACAGCAAUAUGUUGCCAUUCCAGCGGCGACUUUGUCUUCUAUAGGACGGCGGAUGCCUCUAUUGCCUACUUUGAUACAAGGUCAGGCAUCGAAAUGGUCAUGGUUAAUGCACACAACAUACCUUCUCCCGUGGAAUGUAUGACAUUCAUUGAGGAAAGAGACCUUCUGGUAGUCGGUCACUAUGAUGGCCACAUCAUGGUGUAUUGUAUUGCUCUAGCCGAAGGGGUCUGCAAAAUAGAGUCAACACUCGCCCGGAUCAAGACGAGGGAAAGGCCCAGAUGGCUGCUGGCAAACUCUGCCGGUACUAGACUCCUUGUUAGAAGUUACAGAUGGGCAGAGUUAUGGACAAUAGAAGGGGAGAUGGUCGAACGCUUGGUCGAAUAUACGGCACUUACCCGUUCUGUUGUCAACUAUCCUUCGCACGAAGAAUCAUUUGCCGUCAUUGAAACCCAUCCUCGUCCCUCGUUGGAGUACUCCUGGACGGACGGGUUGGAACUCUCGCGUGUCCAGGUCCCAACCCAGACGGGCCGCUCUUCCAUCCCAAAGAUAUAUGUUUACACUGAGCUGUUGUUGCGUAAUUCAACUAUUUCCUUACGAUGUGCCAACCCAUACUUUCGACAUGAAGCAUUCGAUGGCUUUGGGAAAUACAAACUCCAAGCUACACAGCUUAUCAGCAUCACUGGGAGCCUGAUGCUGUUCAUUGAUGACUCAGAUUGCGUAUGCAGUCUUGAUCUUGACCUCGAAAACUCCGCCGAGUACCCAAGCGGCGGUGUUAAGAAACACUUUUUUCUACUGACAGAGUGGAAAAAGGGGUUUAGUGGGUUCAUGAUUGAAUACAUCCCAUCGAAACGUGAGUUCGUGAUCGCUACAGAGGAUGGGCUGAUCGUCGUGAGUAACGGGCUCGAACUUGCGGAGCCGUGGCAGGACGAGACAGACUCAGUUAGUCUUCCAGACUGA